CUCUCCAUCCAUCUAAUUCAACAACCAAACAUGUGGUCCCCAAUCCUCCUGCUCACCACUGCCUCAGCAGCCGGAGCCUCAGCCAGAACACUAGGCCCACGCACCGUCGAAGGAGGUCCAUGCGACUGCACCGGACUUUCCAACUGCUUCAACCAAAACGCCUACGGCUGCGUCCGCCUCUUUGAAACCGCCGGACAAAACUGCGUCAAGCAAACCCCAUACUUCCCAUUCUGUGUAUCGCAAUGCGGUGGAUCUAGUUUCGUUUAUCAAAAAGCAAAUUCCGACGACACCCAAUGCGUCUGCUCGGAAUAUGACGCUCGGGCUUCAUAUCAACAAUGCGGGUUCUCUCCCCCUCCCUCUAACACCCCCGUGACUCCACCUUACAUCACAGGCUCGCCUUGCGCGAGUUACUUUCUGCAGGAAUGCCAGACGGAGGGGGCUUGGGGGUGCAUUUCUUCCGAUGCAAGAUACUGUGUGGAUCAAACGAAGAAUUGUGAUACGAUUUGUGGGGGGCAGGGGUAUACAUAUGCGUAUCAGAAACAUAGCUCGACGGAUACGAGACCCGGGGUCAUCAUCCCAUCCAUCAUAGUCGUCCGCAUGAUGCCAGGCCAGGACGAGGAUCUUUUGGCGCGUCUGAAUGCACUCAAGCCAUCUUCGGUCGAGUUGGAACCGGAAUCCAGCCCCAUCGAUGUUCAGACAAGCACACCACAGACGCGGGAGGACAAAUUGGCAAGGCGUCUCAAACAGUUGCGCGAUGGCAAUCUUCCCGCUCCAGAAAAUGUGCUGAGCCCUGUUCCGUCCGCCUCAACACCCCGUCCAGACCCGGUGACGGCUCUAACAAGUGACACUCGCGAUCAAGUGACUUCAGAGCGAGAUGCCAUCCGCAACUGGCAGCAGCAGUCGGAAGACGGGCAGACGUUGGACGAACUCCUUGCCGAACUGGGACGGAGCGAAGGCGGAAAACUUGCCUGGCUCGACCCGGAAGAUCCCAAACACAUUGAUUCCUUGCUGAGAGAGGCGAACGACGCACUGCCCGAUCCGUCAGAAGCCAAGCCGAGCAGCUCACUCGAGGCCGAGGGACAAGUUGAUGAGUGCAUGAGAAACGCAGAGGAUUCCAAAAGUCGUCGGAGCGAUGAUCAGGAGGACGAAGCUGAGUACAUCGAAAAACUUCUCGCAGCCUUGGAACUCGAGCAGAACGAUGAGCAUUCCGAGCCAAGGCAGGACUCUUCUUCUUCUUCUUUACAACUUCCUUCUCCGCCUUCCCGGCUGCAAGAGUCGCCAAACCCGUCAGACCCUGAUGCCCCUUCAUACGAGGACAGCGAUCUGGAAGCUCGCUUUUCCAAGCUUGCCAUGGAUGGCCUCGACUUGCCAUCGACGCCCACAAACAAACCCUCGGCGACAAACCCCGCAUCACUCCAAUCGAAAUCAAAGUCAAACUUGCCUACGUACACAGAUCAAGACGUUGAGUCAUGGUGCUGCAUCUGCAAUGAAGACGGCGAGGUACGAUGUCUUGGAUGCGACAAUGACAUCUACUGCCAGAGCUGCUAUACGGAUGGUCACGGCACUGGUCCGGGGCAGGAAAGAGGCCAUAAAGCCGUGCAGUACAACCGCAAGCCGCCUGCAGCCCGAGUUCUCGACCCUUGA